AUGAAGUCAGUCACAUCAGUAGCAGCCCUGCUGGCAGUAUUUUUCACUUCGGCAGAGGCAUUCCCUUCCAUUAGGAGACAAGCAAACGGUACCGCUGGCGGCCCAAUCGGUUUCGGCGCCGGCACCACAGGCGGCGGCUCUGCGACUGCAGUCACAGUAACGUCCUGCGCGGAUCUUGAAGCUGCUAUCGCUGGCACUGAGGCAAAGGUAGUGCAGAUCGAUGGCCAACUCUCGGACUGUGGCUCUCUGAAGGUUGGCAGCAACACCUCAAUCUUGGGCGUUGGAGCCGACUCUGGAGCCAGCGGGACCGGGUUCCGGAUCGUCGACAGCACCAAUGUUAUAAUUCAGAACCUGAAGCUUGGGCCACCGCCCGCCGGGGCUGAUGCCAUUGAUGUUGAGUCGAGCACGCAGAUCUGGGUCGAUCACUGUGACUUGUCCUCUGUUGGUUUGACUGGUGGAAAAGACGAUUUUGAUGGACUCUUCGACGCCAAGCGUGGAUCUGACAAUCUUGAAGUGUCCUAUACCAAGUUCCACGAUCACUUCAAGGGAUCGCUGAUCGGCCACUCGGACAGCAACGCAGAGCAGGACACCGGCAAGCUGCGAAUCACCUACCACCACAACAGCUUCAUUAACGUCGGCUCCCGCCUGCCCUCCCUCCGCUUCGGCACCGGCCACAUCUUCAACUCUGUAUUCCAGGACUGCCCUACCUCGGGCAUCAACAGCCGCAUGGGGGCACAGGUGCUUGCGGAGAACAACGUCUUUGAUAAUGUCCCGCGUUCUAUCGUCACAAACCUCGACAGUGACGAGGAUGGUUUCGCUUGCGAUGUCGGCAACGUCCUGAGCGGGAGCAGCACUACUGAGAUCACACAGGAGUGCAGCUUCACGCCGGCUUAUGACUAUACUCUUGAUGCCACUGACGGCCUGGUCGCCGCCAUUGAGGCGAGUGCAGGGACUGGCAAGAUUUGA